CCUCCCUUGCCGUGCUGGAAAAUGGCUGUGCAGGGGAGCAGGGAGUUCUGAACGGCAAAGGAAGGCAAGACGAAGUGAAAAAAAAGAAGAGCUUUCCACAAGUUCUGCACACCACUGGAAGUCACUGUGUACUUUUCCAACACUGGACCGACCCCUGCCAUCUUGCAGCGUUUCGAGCGUCGCGACUAAAAUAAAGUGAGAAGACUGAAGAAAUAUCAACGGGUUUGUCAUAAACCCUGUCCAGAAUAUAUGGGAGCUUUACAGAAGCGAAGAGGAUUAAAGACUGUCCCAGUCCACCUUUGAAACUCCCAAUUUACACCGCUUAAUUCGACCGUGGGGAGCCCGGCGAGACACGUCCCUCUACUGGUAUAUUUUGAACUUGGCUGCUCCCGUAGCAUCCAGCCGUCAGCAAGUGUUCGCUGCUUGAAGGAGCAUGUUGCCGACGCUCUCCCUCUGCUCCAUCAUCUGGCUGAACCGGGGUAUCAAGCUGAGGAAAGUGCACCAGCUCACCAACACCGGUCAGGCCUGAAUUAACCGUUCGAAGGUGAAACGCUACCUUACGGACUUGUGAAAAUGCUUCUAAGCUUUGGGUGACUCUGUGGGCCCCCUCCCUUCACCCCCACCAAAGGCACCCCACAUCAUCCAAUUUUUCAUUUGCUGUUUUCUUAGGGGGGGUUUGUUUAGCUGGACGCAUUUAUUGCAGGGGGGCUUGGCCUGAAAAUAAAAUCCUCCACUCCGCCAUUUUGAAUUGUGCUUCCCUCACAAGAUGGCCACGGAAGGUUUCCAGUACCGUGUGCUCUACGAGUUCACCAAGGACCAGGAAGAAGAUUUAGAUCUGCAGCCAGGAGACCUCCUGAUUGUGAGCAAGGCCUCACUCCUGUCUGUCGAAAACUACCACGAGGGCUGCGCGGAGAAGCCCGAGAGCCUCGGCUGGCUUCUCGGUUACAAUGAGCGCUCCAAGCAGAGAGGCGACUUCCCUGGAACGUAUGUCGAAUAUGUGGGCCCUGUCAAGAUGGCGCUCCCGUCCAGCCAACCCAGGUCUCAGCGACCUCUACCUGCUGCUCCCACUCCAGAGUCAUGUCAAGCUGCUUCAGUACCCAACCUGAGUGAGCAGUUCACACCACCAGAGACGGCUCCCGCCACCCUCGUCAGCCUGAUCCAAGCCAUAGAGCAGAGAGGUCUGGAGUCCCAAAGUCUGUACAGGAUGACUACUAGUUCCUCUGUUUCAGACAACCCACUCCGCAGCCUGAGUCCUGAGAGUGAUAUCAAUCAGACAGAUGUGGGCAUCUUGUCAGAGUGUGUCUUGCACUACUUGAGAGACCUCCCCUCACCUGUCAUCCCUGCGUGUACCUAUACUCAUCUACAAACUGCUAUUAUGCAGCAGCAGCAGCAGGUCCUACAGCAGUCAGCAGACGGUGCAGUAGCUGGCAGCCAUGACAGAGAGGUAAGCCGGGUCCUCGAGAGCUCCACCACCGUCCCUCUUCAUCAUCGCCUCACCCUUCAGUACCUCCUCACGCACCUGGCCAAGGUGACACAGGCGCAGGCCAGCAACGCCUUGGACACACACACAUUGGGCAAGAUCUUUGGACCGCUGCUGAUGAGGAUGGGUCCUUCCACUCCAUCGCUGUCAUUGGAUGAGGAGUUGCCCACUCUUGUAGUGGAAAGGCUUCUGAUUGAGAGAACUGCCAAACAAGACCUCACACCACCAGUUCUUCCAGCAAAGCCAACAAAGGCAAAAGGGGCACCAUCAACCGCGAUGGACACAAGCACCCUUCUCAGUGAUGCCGAAUGGUACUGGGGAGAAAUAUCCAGGGAGGAGGUAAAUGAGAAAUUGCGAGACACUCCGGAUGGCACCUUCCUUGUCCGGGAUGCCUCAAGCAAACUUGAGGGCGAGUACACCCUCACUCUCAGGAGAGGAGGGAACAACAAACUUAUAAAGAUCUACCAUAGGGAUGGCCGGUACGGGUUCUCAGAGCCUCUCACCUUCCUGUCCGUGAUUGAGCUGAUAAAUCACUACCGACACGAGUCCUUGGCCCAGUACAACGCCAAGCUGGACACCAAACUUCUUUACCCUGUUUCAAAAUACCAGCAGCUGGUGAAGGAGAACAGCAUAGAGGAGGUUGGUGAGCAGCUGAAGGUCUAUCAUGAGCAGUACCAAGAGAAGAGUCGCGAGUAUGACACCCUGUAUGAGGAGUACACGCGCACCUCACAGGAGCUGCAGAUGAAGCGCACAGCCAUUGAGGCCUUCAACGAGACCAUCAAAAUAUUUGAGGAGCAAUGUGAGACUCAGGAGCGCUACAGCAAAGAGUCUCUGGAGCGCUUCCAGCGGGAGGGCAAUGAAAAGGAGAUUCAAAAGAUCCAGAGCAACUCGGAGCGUUUAAAGUCUCGCAUAAAAGAGAUCCACGACAGCAAGCGAAAGCUGGAGCAGGACCUGAGAGAACAGGUCUCUGAUAACAGAGAAAUUGAUAAGAAGAUGAACAGCCUCAAGCCAGAUCUCAUGCAGCUCCGCAAGAUUCGAGACCAAUACUUGAUAUGGCUGACACAGAAGGGUACAAGGCAAAAAAAGAUUAAUGACUGGCUCGGCAUCAAGAAUGAUGCUGAUGACUCGUAUUCGCUGGAGGAAGACGAAGGCUCACCCCAUCAUGACGAGUGCACCUGGUAUGUGGGUGACAUAAAGCGUGCCCAGGCCGAGGAAUUGCUGAGAGGCAAAUGUGAUGGAACCUUCCUCAUCCGUGAGAGCCAAUCGCAGAAGGGCUCGUAUGCCUGUUCUGUUGUAGUGGACGGUGACACGAAGCAUUGUGUCAUCAACAAGACAGCCACAGGUUAUGGAUUCGCCGAGCCAUACAAUCUCUACUCGUCCCUCAAAGAUCUGGUGCUUCACUACAAAAAUGUUUCCUUGAUCCAACACAAUGACAAGCUGAAUGUAAAUCUAGCAUACCCAGUCUUGGCCCGCUCUCAGAAUCAGAAUCAGAACCAGCACCCCAGAUGAAUUCACCACCAGCAGACAAGGGACACAACGAGGGUGGGGGAAUUUUUACUCUCAUGCAUUCGGGGUGGGGCGGGGGGUACUAAAGAAGGGGUUGUUCAUGUGUUUAGUAGUGAGUAAAAUCAUCUUAACAAGCAUGAUUCUCUGGUGAGAGGGUGGGGUGUGUUUUCCAUCUGAUCCCAUUGCAGCUAAGAGUAUUUCUCGCAAGCAGCAUGGCCUCACAAAAAGCAUAGCGACUUGGAACUUCAGCACUGUUACAGUUAGCCCGACACGGCGAGCUACUUUAGCCAGCUGUGACUGUACAGUGUAAGUUACACAAACUUAGUGUUAUAAUGUACAACACAUCUGGAUACAGAAGAACGUGUUCAAGGAUAAGCACACACAAAGUAACUUCAUCUUUAAAUGCAGAGAAAUUCUGAAGAGGAGGGAGAGAUGGUGGGAUGAUGGGAAUUUUUUUUACAGGAGGCACUUUUUUGUUUUCUUUUGCUUCUUUUUUUUUUUUUUUUUUUUGCCUUAAACACAUGAUAGCUGUUUAUAGACAAAGGCCCAAACUGUUAUCCCCAGACCGCCUGCAAACUCUCUGUCGACAAAAGCCUGAGCUGUCACUCUGUGAAAAGAACUGGCUUGGCUAAACCGGGCUGCUUGCUUCACACCUUAAGGCGGCCGAGAAAGCGUUGGACCAAGGUGGUGUAGUCACUGGAGC